GGCGUUCCACAGGCCAAGUGCUCUGCGCUCGGUGGGUGCCAGCCAGGCCCAGGCGAGCCGAGCGGGCGAGGACAGGCACCGAGGGGGCGCGGCCGCCGGCCGGACGACACCGCAAGCGACACGCAGGAGCAGCCCGAGGCCCGACCGCCAGCGCGUUGGCAAUGGAGCGCCUGGCCGCCCGCCGCACCGUCCCCAUGUUCGCGCGCACCAGCGCCUGCCGCAGCCUCUUCGGGCCGGUGGACCACGAGGAGCUGAGCCGCGAGCUGCGGGUCCGCCUGGCCGAGCUGAGCGCCGAGGACCAGCGCCGCUGGGACUACAACUUCCAGCAGGACGUGCCGCUGCGGGGCCCCGGGCGCCUGCAGUGGACCGAGGUGGACAGCGACUCCGUGCCCGCCUUCUACCGCGAGACGGUGCAGGUGGGGCGCUGCCGCCUGCUCCUGGCGCCCCGGCCCCGCCCGGAGGGCGCAGGCGACAGCCCGCCCCCCGCGCCGCCGGCCGAGGAGCCCCUCGACGGCCUCGGGGAGGCGCCGGCGCCGCCGUCCGGCGGCCCGGCGGUGGCUCCCGCCCCGGCCCCAGCCGCGGCGCCGCAGGAGAGCGAGGAGCCGGAGGCGGUGCCGCCGCCGCCGCGCAGCCAGGAGCCCCUCGCCGAGCCGCUGCACUCAGGGAUUUCGGGGCGCCCCGCGCCGGGCACUGCCGCUGCCACCGGCGCCGCCGCCACCGCCAAUGCCGCCGCCGCCGCCGCGGCUGUUGCCACCACCGCUGCCGCGGGAGGCGCCGCGAUCAAGAAGCUGCCCGGGCCUCUCAUCUCCGAUUUCUUCGCCAAGCGCAAGAGACCCGCGCCCGAGGCCAAGGCGUCGAACGAGGUGCCCGCGGGCUGCGCCGCCCCUGGCGCCGCUCCGGCCGUGGGCUCGGCGGAGCAGACCCCGCGCAAGCGGCUGCGAUGAGCCUCGCGCCCAAAGAGCCCGAGGGAACCCGCUGGGCAGCGGACAGGACAGGAGCGCUGGGCCUCGGCUGGGACCGUCCAUGUAGCAGCAACCGGCGGCAGCUGCCAGCGAGCAGCGUUCGGUUUUAUGUUUAAAAUUUAAAAAAAACUGUGCAAUGUAUUAAUAACGUCUUUUAUAUCUAAAUGUAUUCCGCACGAAGAGUACACUGGUCCCAAGGUGUAAAGCUUUAAGAGUCAUUUAUAUAAAAUGUUUAAUCUCUGCUGAAACUCAGUGCAAAAAAAAAAAAAUGAAAAAAGAAAAAAAAAGGAAAAAAGAAAAAACAUGUAUAUUUGUACAAAAAGUUUUUAAAGUGAUACUAACUUAUAUUUUCUAUUUAUACGGGGCGUGGGCCGCUCUGCCACGCGAUAGCUCGGCUCGCGUCACCCACAGGCACGCACCGCAUCUGGUUACGACAAGUGUGACAUCUAUUCUCCUAGCGGACUUGGGGGGGUCGCUCACCAGCUGUAGCCGCCGCACACGCCCAGCUAGCUAGCACUUCUCUUCGCGCUUUCUCUGUCUCUCUUAUUAUUAUGCCUAUUUUGAACUUGGAGACAAGUCUGUUAACACGCUCCCGGGCCGUGCGCACCGCUGCCUGGCGCCCCGGCCGCCGGGUUCCAAAUAAAGGCAAGUCAGCCCGUGUGUCCUUGAA